UUAUUUAUUAUUUUAUUUCAAUAUUAUAUUUAUUAUUCAUCAUAUUUCAGAUUUAUAUUCAUUAUGAAGUAGGUAAAUAUAAUAAAAAGGCUUCUACAAAGACUAAGUUCUUUCUCAAAAUUCUCCAUUCAAGUUUACCUCCAAGGUGGUUGAAGUGACCCUUUAUGACUGUCUGCCCAUUUCUCCGAGUGUCCUCAUAUGUGACCAAGGGUCUCUGGACCGCGACCAGCAGGCGUAUUCCCAAAACUCCGCGGGCCGCUCCUUUGGCCGCAUCUCGAGCUAUAAAAAGCUGGACCGCUGGCCGGCAACUUUCAGUUUCAGUCUCUCCGUUUUUCUAAGAGCCAAGACGCAGCGGUUGCCGCUGGCUGGCAACUGGCUAACAGGCUGACUUGGCUGACUUGGCUGACUUGGCUUCUUCAAAGUGGCCGACGAGGCAGGAGUGAACUAAAAAUUGGAACAACUUCGAGGCUCGCGACUGGAGUCUGGCCUGCGGAGUCUGGAGUCCGAAGUCUGGAGUGGAGUUUGUGAAGCCAAGCAGACAGCAUGAGACUCACGUUGGCCUGGCUCAGCGUCUGCCUGGCGAUUUAUUGCGGCGGUGGCCAUGGCCAUGGCAACGUGGUCCUAUCUUUGCCACCAUCGCUUAUCGCCACGGCCACGAAGGCGGCCUUGAGCCACCAGCAGUACCAACGGCAGCAGCAGAAAAAGGAUGCACGCGUCCUGUUUGACAGCCCCGGCGAUGCCCUGCGCGAUAUGCUGCACAACAGCCCCAUGAACGCGGAUUCGGAUGCGGCAAAACUGAGCCUGCCCGAUGUGGAGCAGCCGGCACCGCGGCAGUCUGAGGAUUUUAAUCGAAACGCAGAUGAUUUAGGGGCCAGGCAAUCAGAGCCGCAGGAAAUUGCCAUGAGAAUGGGUCUGGGCAUGGGCAUGGGCAUGGGCCUUGGCCUGGGACCCAACCACUAUCGGGCCACGCCCCCUCACCGGUACUGGAGCAACCGCUGCCAGGGACGAGCCGGAGCCGGUGCAUCCGCCAAGUGUCCGCAGGAGUACUAUCGCACCAUGCUGGCGGCCAGGAACAAAGAGGCCCUGUCCCGCCUCCACUUGCAGCUGAUGCAGGACUCCGACUCCGAGGUGAGCUCCUCGGAUUCCGAGGAGGAGGUGGACGACGACGAGGAGCAGCGCAACAAUGAGGUCUUCAUGCUGCUGACUGGCGAGCAGGAUCUCAUUAAGUUUCUGCACUGGGCCAUGCAGCUCCUCUAUCCCCUGCAGCGGCCCCUGGGCAACCUGAGUGAUGGGGCCGCCGAUACCUACUAUCCGGGGAUGUUUCUCUGGAAGAAGCUGAACCUGUCGGGUCAUCUGGAACCCCCGCUUAUUGUGGACGAGCCUCAGUAUGUGCUGGUGCGCAGGGAGAAGCUAUUGGAUGGCUAUCAGCUCGGAGACAACCUGAGCAAGGAGAACGACCCCUUCAUACCGCCGCGAGGUCGCAAGCACAACUCCCCCGACCUCGAGGUCCUGAUGAACCGGUACGAGCCCUUCGUGCCCAACCGCGGCAAGCGCGACAAGGUCAAGGAUCUGUUCAAGUAUGACGACCUGUUCUAUCCGCACCGCGGCAAGAAGCAUCGCAGCCUCUUCCCAGUGGCCGACGAUCCCUUCUUCGCCACCCGGGGCAAGAAGCUGCAGCUCCGGGAUCUCUACAGCAACGACGAUCCAUUCGUUCCGAAUCGCGGCAAGCGGCACUUGGCCUCCAGUGGCGGGAAAUUCGGAGAGCGGGUGGCGGCGGCGGCAGCGGCGGCGGGAAAAUGGCCAGAUGACAGCGACAACAACUGGCCGCAAAGAAUGUCAACGCAUAAAAUUAAUGGUUACGAUCAAUCAGUCAGGCCAUCACUGUCAGUCGAGGAUGCUGCCGCCGCUGCAGUGGCUCCUUGGCGACUGCCCGCUAAUAGAUUGCACUCGACAAGAUCAAUGUCAGCCGAUGUGCAGCAGAAGCUGCUGCUGCAGCCCCACGUCCGCUUCAUUGGCAGUCCGAGCAUGCGCCACCAGCAGGUGAAAACCCCAUCCUGGCUGGGGGGAGAACGCCUGAGGAGAUCCAUCCCCACCCCAGGCAAAGAUAUCCAGCCAAACGAUGCCCCAGAGGCACAAUUAACGCAAUCGCACCCGGCUAAUCGGCAUUUGGACACUGAUUCGGACACUUGGAACAUUUAAAUGCGGCGAGCGAUUUUCGGUUUUGGCUUCGGUUUCGGUGUUUUCUGCUUUUCAGUUUUCGGCUUGGGGCACCUUUUUCCUCGACUCUUGUAGACAGAACUAUAUGGCACACAAUAAAGUACAGCAUGCAAUUGAUUUGGAGAGAAA